AUGAAAACCCCAUGCGCGGUCCUGCUACCGAUCUUAUCCAACUUUCUCCAAUCAAAGCCGGCCCCUUGGUUUCAAACUCUCAUCUCGAGUCAGCUCUCUCGAGUUCCCUUACGUGAUGAUGGAGUACUGCAAACUAUUUUUUUCCUAGCUUCUCAGUUUGCUCCAUCGUUGGGACAAGAGUCUCAAGCCCAGUUGUCAAAUGGGCCACAUUUUACAGUACAAGGGAUUAUGCAAAUCUCGCGCUUACUCUCCUCAGUGCCGGAGGGAAUGGAUCCCCAGCUCUACUUCACGACGAUUGCUCCGCAACUCCUGACACUGCUGGAUGGCGAAGAUCCUGACUUGAAAAAGACGGUGGCAUACGUUAUAGGGAACGGCAUAUUGGGCAAAAGGGCUUAUGGAGCCCCUGGAGCCAUUGGUCACUCAAUUUUCGUGGAGCCUAUUUUCAAAACACUUGGGGCCGAGCUCGAUGCCUCCACGAAGAAAUGGAUGAAUAUCACUAGCGGUCUGGGUGAGGCAUUUGGAGAUGGGGAGAUUGUCCAUGAGUCGGCUCUGCUGCUAGCAAUUGACAGACUCAGCAGCAUAACUGUUCAGCAUCCAAACCCAGGACUUGUGAAGAGACUUGUAUAUCCCAUCCUGCUGCCGCUUUGGGGACUCACUUGUUUUGCCUUGGAUCAGCAAAAGUCAAUGAUUCAUGAAAAAUUUAUGACAAUACUACAGACCUACUUCGGUAUAUCGGUAGGGGUGCAGCCUUUAAAGAAGCUCGUUGACAAUCUGCUCUGGGAUGGUGGGGCUACUUGGACUUACGACCUAGAUCCCGCAAAGCGCGUGGUUUUAAGGAAACGCCAGGUCGAUGAAGCAGACAGACUGAAUAUUGUGCGGCUAGUCGAUGAGCUACAGUCCCGGGUUAAACUCUUUAUCACUCUACUAGGCGCUGACCCAAAUGGCGAAGAACGGACCGGCGAUAUCUUCCUGUAUGUGAGCCAAAGAUGGCUCGUGCAGCCCGCUAAAGAGCAUUCGUUGGACGCGCUGCACCCUUUUACAGAGGCAGAAGAAUCAAGCAACAUCAUUCAGAAACUGGUUAGUGCCAAGCUAGCGGAGGCACUGCUAGAUCACUUCAAGGACACCCUCUCACGACGCCCCCUCCGAGUACUCGAGCUCAUAAAGCAAGUGGUUGAGGGUGAACUGAAUAGGAUGAAAGUCGGACAAAAGACACGAACCCAGGGCUCCGGAGGCGUGUCUCUUUCAUCCUUGACGAACAUUGUUCCAACCGAAAACGACCGACAAGAACAGGCAACAGCCGACACAGAGGCUGCUGAAUCCUUGCCAGCAGUUUUCAGCUUGCUUUCCACUGUUCUCGCAUCCCCGGACUUCCCUGUGACUCUGGAGACACUGCCGAUUCUUAAGGAAUUGAAAUCAGUGCUCGAUGAACUCAUUCCUAGCCUACCGCCCUCGUUGGCUAAGCCAGGGACAACAGCGUCGAUGUUACUGGAGAUUCAAAUGACCUCUCCAGAAGAACAUAGUAAGGCGAAGUCUUCUGUAGAAGCUUCUGACUUUGAUACCCAUCGUCGGGCGUUGGCCAAUCUCAACUCCGAUCUGCCACCGGUGCAAGCUGAAGGCUUUGCGCUAUUAUCUGAUCUCGUCAAGAAGUCUUCGCCUGUGCUCGAUAUACCAUCUACCCUGACACUUCUAUUAUCUGUUAUCACUGAUCCGUCUGAAUCUACAGCUAAUGAUGAAUUCAUAUAUCUGAAUGCAAUCAAAUUAAUAGGGACGCUGGCGUCAAGGCACCCGCGGACUGUUAUAAAGACGCUUGUCGAUCGCUAUGUCGACAGAACCGAAACCGCUAGUCUGGAUCAGAGACUGAAAAUUGGAGAGUCCUUGCUACGGACUAUUCAGGACCUCGGACAGGCUUUUACGGGUGAGACAGCCAAGAUCCUAGGUGACGGUAUGAUUGCUGUUGCAGGUCGACGAGCACGCAGAACACAAGCGCACAAGCGCCGAAGGGACGAACUGGAGAAGGAAAAGCGGCGAAGGGAGCGCGAAGAGCGCCAGAACAAAGAGCCCGCCAUGCCUCCAGGAUGGAAGAUAACCACAGGACAUACGACACCACAGCUAAUGGAAAUCGAUGAAGAGGGCUCGGAUACCGAGUCACCAGAGCAAGCCGCCCAUUCUGCGAACAUCCUAGCCGCCUGGGCGGCAGGUGCCGCUUCAGACGAAGAGCCUGACGACCUGCGAGUUCGCGCUUCCGCUCUAUCCAUCUUGGCUACUGCAGUUCAAACGAACAUCGCCGGCCUUGGCCCCUCGAUCGUCUCCUCAGCAGUUGGCCUCGCGCUCGACACCCUCUCCUUGGAACCAGGGCCUGAAUGUGCAAUCCUCCGCCGCGCAAGCGUUGUUCUCCUGCUAGACAUCCUCAAAGCCGUAGAAGCCGCGCGGGAAUCCAGAGGAAGCCAAGGGCUGGGAUUCGGCUUCUCUCUCUCCGGUGAAUCUGCCUGGGGCCAACUGGCUGGCGAAAACCGAGGCACUGCGACAAUCGGCAAUAUCCCUCAUAUGCUUCGCACAUUGACGUUCGUGGAAAGCCAAGAAACAGACACCAUCGUCCGUGGCCACAUUCGCGUAUUGAUUGAGAGUUUGGAAGCUUGGUUGGAGAAGUCACUGCUAUGGGGCAUUGGGGCCCAAGGUGCUGACGCUGAGACGAUCGAGCCUCGGUUGGACUUGGGGGAUCAUAUUGCUGGGUUGACUGUUAACCCGCUUGCUGGCCAAAAAGACAUCGUGGGACCGAGAAUUGAGGAGAUUGAGUAA